AUGCGCCCCAUAGAUCGGACAACUUUUGUCAUGGAGAUGAAACGCUUCGUUAUAACUCUCAUGUUAAUUACAAUAUGCAAAGCGGGCAACAGAUCAGAUUUAUUUGAAAAACUUUUCAAGCAAUAUGAUCCAGAUGCCGGACCUUAUGACAACGCUACCAAUCCACUAGAUGUUUCAAUGUCCAUCUACUUGCAAAAGAUUCUUGAUGUCAAGGCAAGAGAUCAAACCUUCUCUUCAACAUUUUGGUUUUUCAUGUCGUGGAAAGAUGAUCGUUUGGAAUGGAAUCCUGAAAUGUAUAAAGGAAUAGACAGUAUUCAUACAACUUCCAGUAAAGUUUGGAAUCCUGCAUUUGUUUGUAUCGUUAAUGACAUAGGUAUGGAAAGUUGUUUUCGGGAAGGUUCCACAGUCACAGUCCUACACACUGGAGAAGUGAUAUUUUCCAAAUCACUCGAUGGUGCCACCCAGUGUAACAUCAACGCCAAGAAAUACCCAUUCGACGUACAGAAAUGCUCUAUUGACAUUGGAAGCGCAUUCCGAAAAUCGAAUGUAAUAUAUUUCAACCUGACUUCUUCAUAUUUCGGACUAGACUUGUAUUCAAGGAGUGAAGAAUGGGAAGUGUUGGAUACAUCGAUUUCAAAGUAUUUUACGCUAGAAAGUCGUGAUAUGAUCUUUGAAGGGCUCCAAUUUGAAAUUUUUAUCAAACGGCGGCCAACGAAUGUAAUCGUUUCUUAUUUGCUGCCUGUGUUGCUGCUGUCCAUUGUAAACCUAUGCUCUUUCGUACUACCAAUCGAAUGUGGAGAAAAGAUGGGAACCUCGGUGGCUGUUUUUCUGACAUUUGCAGUAUUCUUGACACUCCUGAGUGAAUCCUUGCCGGUUUCGGAGGACACUCCUCUUUUUACUAUUUAUCUCACGUUUCAGCUUGUACUCAGUGGACUUGUUAUCAUUAUGGAAACAUUCGUGCUGAAAUACCACGUCGACAAAAGGAAUAAUCUGGAAGUUGGCGUACUAAUAGAUGAUCUAAAUGAACCAAAAGAGAGACCCAAGAAAUCACUGCGAAACAAGAUGACCAUUAAACGCCUCGAUAACUUAAUGAUGAUUGUCUACAUCAUUUUGAAUUUGAUUUCGUUAAUUACUUUUCUUGCCGGUACUAAGCAGUAGGUGACUCUUUUUCAAACAUUUUGGAGAUCAAUCCGUUACAGAUUUAUACUUAUUAUGGAUAAAAUGUAUGAAACAGCUUUUGAUUAGCAAAUCAAUUCUUCAAACAUUAUGUGUCAAACAUUUAAGAUAUGUUGUCAUACAAAAAAUGUUUAUCAGUCUCUUUCUUGAGAAUUUUUAUA